AUGUCAACUCUCCAUGGUUUCCCCAAACAUUGUAAAAACAUCUUUGGGAAUGCCCGCUUAUUCUUUUCCACCAAACCCUGUAGGUCUUCCAUUGCAUUUACUCCAAAACUUUCAUUUUCUAAUCACGAAUCACAGUACAGAAAGCAAGUUUUUCUAGCAAAUCUCCUCCAAAGGUACGGCUUUUCUCCCUCUCAGCUCCACAGCUUCAUUUCCAAGAAUCAGUUUUUAUUGAAUUCUAAUUUAAAUGACAUUGAAAAGUCUUUAAGUGUUCUUUUCUCAAUAAAGGCUCCUCAGAAGUCUAUUGUUUCAUUGAUAAAUGACUGUCCUGGCGUUCUGGAUGUUGAGUUCUUGAAUAAAUGGGAAAAGGGUGUGUCAAGGUUUGGAGAUUUGGGUGUUUCUGCAUUGGUGGUUAGGAAUUUUUUGGAACUUUCGAGAAGGUUCCAGAUAGACCUAGAUGUGUUUUUUGAAGCUUUGAAGGUUUUGAAGGGUUUGGGGUUUAGUGAAGGUGCUGUGAGUAGGAUUUUAGAGGGUUUUCCUGGAGUGGUUUUGAUGAAUCAAGGUCAAAUUUUUAAGAGAAUUGAAUUUUUGGGAGGGAUUGGAAUUGCUACUGAAGGGAUUGAACGAAUUUUUUAUUUGUUUCCAGGGGUUUUGGGAUUUGGAGUUGAACAGAGGCUAAAACCAUUGCUUGAUGAAUUUCUGGACUGGGGUUUUAGUGUAGAUAUUAUUAGGAAAGAGGUUGUUAGAGAGCCAAAAAUUUUAAGCAUGGAGUUGGGGGAAUUUUCGCGGUGUCUAGAGUUGUUAAGGUCUUUGAACUGCCGGGAGCCAAUAAAAGAGAAAAUUUUCAGUGAUGGAGCUUUUAGAGCUGCCUUUGAAGUGAAACUUAAAGUUGAUUGCUUAUGCAAACACGGGCUGAUCCACAGAGAGGCCUUUAAGGUUUUGUGGGAAGAGCCCAGAGUGAUUUUAUAUGGGAUACAAGACAUAGAGAAAAAGAUUGAGUUCUUGGUGCAUAGGAUGAAAUAUAAUGUUGGAUGUCUGGCUGAUGUACCAGACUUUUUAGGUGUAAAUUUUGACAAACAAAUCAUUCCCCGAUACAAUGUGAUCGAGUAUUUGAGGGGAAACGGUGGGCUUGCUUCUGAAGUGGGAUUGAGAGGUUUGAUAAGACCAAGUAGGCUUAGAUUCUAUAAUCUAUAUGUAAAGCCUUAUCCAGAGUGUGAAAAAUUGUAUGGAAGAUUUUCGGAAGGUGAAGAUAAGUGCAGACAUCCAGUUGGACUAUGGAAGCUUUUUAAACCACCAAGUUAUCCACAGUUAGAAGAAGAUGUUAAAAACAUAAAAUCUUUUAUGGAAUCGCUGGCUUAUAGAAAAGGAGCUUCCUGAUUAAACAGUGGUUCUUCAUCAUCCAACAGUUUCUCUUAUUUCAACUUGGGUUCAACAAAUUGGAUCCUUUUUGUGUGAGAUCCGUUUUGAAUAAUUCUUUUCUUAGUUCUCAUGGACUACUUCUGCAUCCUGACUGGAUAUUGCAAGUUCAAUACACAAAUCACGUCCAUAGGUAGAUCUGUCAUUCAAGUUGUCUCCUCACUAAUGCUGUGUAUACACCAUCUUUGCUAAGGAGCUCAUCAUGAGUGCCACUUUCAACAAUCUGACCACCAGAAACAACAGCUACAGUAUCUGCACUUUUCACUGUCGAUAGCCUAUGUGCGAUAACAAGAACAGUCCUUCCCUUCAUCAGAGAAUCCAUUGCAUCCUAAAUAGUGCAGAAAAGCACAUUCAGAACUUAAAUGACUGAAAAAUUUAAAGAGGUUGUUUCUAACUGGUAGUGUGUGAAA